UUGUUUAGAAACAGUUUCAUAGCAUCAUGGUCAUAUAUUUAAUUUUAAUUGUGAUUUUGCAGAUUGAACUUUUAGAAGAACAGCUUUCAAAGUACAAAGUAGAUGCAUCUCAGCUUAAAACAGAGCUAGAUGCUGUCAAGAAGGAAUUUGAAGGUUAUAAAGUGCGUGCAACCAGUGUUUUAAGACAAAAGGCUCGAGCUCCUGAAGUAGAUGUAAAUGAACUUAAGGGAGAAAAAGCCCAACUUCAAGAUAAUUAUGAGGCUGCACAGUUGAGAAUACAACAACUACAGUCUGAAUUAUCAGCACUUCGGGCUGAGCACAGUUUCCUACAGUCUGAAAAAGAAGGUAUAAGUCGACAGGUUUCCUCACUUACAGAAGAUUUGGCCAAAAGAGAAUCAUUAUAUCGUGAAAAGCUGUCUAGUGUUGAAAGUAAACUAGAGGCAAAGGUAGCUGAAUAUCAGUUGAUUGUUUCUAACAUGUCUACACAAAAUGAAACCUUGAGCAACAGUUUCAAAAAACAAGUGGAAACCAUGAAACAGACACAUGUUCGAGAGAUUGAGCAGCUAACAAAUAAACUGGAAGAAACUGAAGAUAAAUUGUGGCAAUUAAAAAACACAGUCAGUACAUCUGUAACGCCAACAAAUGGCAGUGCUUCUACUGGUCUAGUCACAGUUCAUCCACAAAGAACAGAAGGUGAUCAUGGAAAUGCUCUUCACAGCCAAAGUACUCAGCAUCGUCGUCAGUUGAGUACUCAUGGAUAUGAAGAGCCAAGAAUUGAUGUCUCAAAUAUGGUCAGAGAAGAAGGAGAGGGUUCAGAAUGGGUGGAGCCAGUGCACAGAUCACCCAGUAGACCUGGUGGUUAUAGUCCACCUCCCUUGGAGCAGCUGAUAAAUUCUCCAUUACCUUCCAAUGUAGGGAUACCACCACAGGAGGACAGUAUUAGUAUCGCCAGUAUCAACACUGAGGCCACUGCAAAGGAGAUAGCUAGGCUUGAGGCUAAGUUGUCUUCUGGAGAAAUGCGAAUUCACCAACUAACAGCAUUGUUACAUGAAUCAGAAGCAGAAAAUGCCAAGUUAGCACAACUUUCAGAUGCACUUAAAGAAGAAAUUAGAAGGUCCUCACGCAAUGAAAGUAGAGAAAAACACAUGGAGAACAUGGAGUACAUGAAGAACAUUAUAUUGAAGUUUUUGGUGAUGAAACAUGGAGAAGAGCGUAAGCACAUGGUACCAGUUUUGAAAACAGUCCUCCAGCUGUCUCCUCAAGAAACUGCUGACCUUGAACAUUUUGCUAUUGGUGGAGAUGAAGGAGGAAGCGCUCAAGGCUGGGGAAGUUAUCUUCAUCUGUGGUCUACUAGAUAAUGAAAUCUUAGCGUUGAUUUUCCAGUAGAAAAUAACAUUCAUUAUUAUUUCUGUCCUGUAGAAAUUGUGUUAUUUUCUUAACUAAGGAUGUCAUAGUGAAUACAUUGUAUUAUACAACAUAUUUCUUUGUAUAGGUGUUAUAUAAAAAUGUGUCCAUAAGAGAGUACUUAGAAUUACCGGAAGAUGCUGAAGCAGUCAUUCAUGAAAGAGUUUGUGAAUAUAAAAAUAUAUAUUAAACUCUUGGGGUUACUUUUGCUUAAAAGCAAGUUUUCCUAUAAAUUUUUGAGGGUGUUUAUCCAUAAAGAUCCCAUGGUUAGUAAUACCAAUUUUAACUGUAGCCUUGCUAACCCAUUUUUUCUGUAUGUGAGCAAAUUAUUAUAGUGUCUCUAAUUGAUGGUAAUGAACACUGUUUAGGCUAAAGCUAUUUCCCAAAGAAAUGUUAGUUGAAACAUACUUUUGAAACUAGAUUUUGUGAUUAAAGUUUGCAUUUUUGGAAAGUUGAAGUAUGUAUUCGUUCAUGAGUAAUAUGUAAGAUGUUACUCUCUUGAGUUGCCGAAUUAAUUUUUUUUUUUUUAUCAUUGUAAGCCAUUUGUAGUUUUUUUCACAUGCUAGAGUGUUUCAUCAUUUUGCACUGAAGUCAGGUUGACUUGGAUCUUUUGCCUCCCAUCUUGAAAGCUUUGCACCAGAACACAAUAUUUUUUCAUAUCCACGUUACCUUAAAACAUAGACCUUGGGUCGGCUCCCCGUAUUUAGGGUCUUUUGAUGAGGAAAAGGCUAAUUGGAGGGGUUGCUGUGGUAGUGUUUAACACUCGCCCCAGUUUUAUAUUACCGACACCUUUUAUAUAGGUGAGCGAGUCAGAGGCUUCUGACAUGUCCAAUUUAGCAGUUCUCUGGUAUUAUAGCAAUAUUUUACUAGAAAUAGUGCUAAAGCAGACAUAUUUCACUGGGCGACACGGCUUCCUCGCCCAGAAAUAGAUUUUUCCUACGUCAAAAUCCCUUUUUUAUCUCAGUUGCUGAUAUUGCCACCACCUCUCACAUUAGAUUUGGAAGAUCACCAGUCAGGUGAAUUGCUAAUUACAAUGACUUUUUUUCUUUCUUUUUUUUUACUGCUUAGCUAUGGAAAACUUUCCAAUUUCCAUUUUCCCCAAGUUUUUCUUCCAAAUGAGAGGUUUAUUUUGUCUUCCAAAGUAUGCUUUCAUCUUUUUUUUCACCAUAUUUUCAUAUGCUUUUGAGCUUGGGAUUUUCAAAAAUUCUGUUUCCAGUUUCUUUGGUUUUCAUAAUAAAAUCUAGAUAUGAAAAUUUAUCCUUCAAAUAUGCACAAGAUAUGAUAAUUUUAUGAAUGAUAUGUAAAAUUUUGAGUUUUUCUUAGGAUUUUUCUUAUUCAGUAGAAAAAUUCACUAAGCAGGAGGAGGAACCCACAAUAACAGUCCAUUUGUAUCUCUCAUAUUUUCAGUUACUUUCCAACUAUGCUUUAUUCUGUUUUAUUCAAAGAAAAAAGGUUAAGAUACAUUUGCAUUUUAGUUAAAUUCAAUUAAGGACUGAAUCACAAAUGUAUGCACAUAUAUCUUCACUUUUCCAGUAGUGAGAACAUGCAUACCACAAUCAAUAAGAUUAUGGACAUACUCAAUAUAAGCAUUCAUUAUGGAUUUUUAUAAUUGUUCUAAAAGCCUAGUGGUCAGUAAUUUAAUAACCAGUAUCUAACUUAAUGUUUAGAAGCCAUACCACAAGGUAAACAAGAACAGCUUGCUGUACAGCAAUGUGAAAACAUUCGAAUACAUUAUUACCUAAUGGUUUCAAGAAGGGAAUAUAUCUUGAGGCAUCAGAUGCCUUUAUUUUACCUUAUUUUAUUAUCGCCGCAAAUUAAAAUUGUAGCUAUCAGUGAGAAGUCAGACUGCUAACAUGAAAAAACGAGAUAAUCCUGAGUUCAUAUUCUUUGGCUUUAAUAUAAGCAUUCAGUCAGGAUGAAAGCCAGGUUCUGGGCUGACAGGUCCAAAUAGUUCUAAUAAUGCCUGUUUAUGCAUAAUUGUGAGUACGUAUGUGUUUUGCACAACAGCUAAUUAUUUGGGUGAUUGUAUUAUUGUAUAUUUCUGCAUGUAAGAUGACCUUUAAAUCCAAAAAAUCACCCCUAAAAAUUGGGGGUCAUCCUGUACUACAAUUCUAAAAACCAAACCUUGAAUUCUCAGAUGUGUAUUGGUAGGCUAGCGUGGGCCUCAGUGUGACAACCACCAACAUACGUGAAGAUUCACAUUAUGAAAUAAACUGGUAAUAAAGGUAAUAAUUUUCACCUUAUAUAUUAUUGGCAUAUCUUCAUAAGAAAUGGCCUAUUUGAGGAAUAAUUCUACAUCAAUAAAAACAACUUUUAGCUAUACGCUCCCAGCUGAGAAAUCGUAAACAUUUCAGAUAAUUUCAAUGGUAGGGUAAUUAUGGUAGUAAUAAUAUUUAGGAUAAUGCAUGAUAUUCAUUUAGCAUUAAAAGUUUCUCAUACAUAUUACAAGAUUCAUCACAUAUGCCACCAUCAUAGGGAUUCCAGUCAGGUUCUGGUGAGUUGACUUUGGCUUCUUCAUCGCUUUCAUACAAAUCAUCAUCAGUACAAUCAGUAGCAUUUUUUAGUGAUUUUAUGACACUUUCUAUUUCCACAUUCUGUCAUGCUUUUAUAACAAAAUUGCAGCAAACAUCAAGUGAGGCAGCAUGCAAAGCUGUUUGUAACUGUUGAGAAUAAUUCAGCCAUAUGAACGAUAAUUGUGUACAAUAAUUAUCAUUCAUUAUUGUCUUGUUGUUAGCAGCAGUUUGAGAAUGGCGAUGAAACAUAAACAAAACAGUGGUUUCCAUUUUAUGCAACACAUGUAUGAAAAACAUGAUGUAGAAUUGGCGUUGUUAAACCCGGCUUAGUUACCCUAUGAAAGAAAUGUAUCUCUGAAUUAAGUUCCAUUUGGCAACUAAACACAGUGAUGGUAUCAGUAAAAUGAGAUUAGCUGAUUAUUUUAAGACUGUAAACAAAACUAGAAUGCAAAUAGCACAUCAUCACUCUGUUCGUGUAUCCUUCUUCUUCUUCCCAGCUGGUUCCCAUUUUUAUAUGGGGUCGCUGUUUCAUUGAGCCGUUACCAUCUAUUUCUAACCUGUGCUUCUACCUCAUCAAUUCUCUUCUCAUGUAAGUCUCCUCUCACACAGUCCUUCCAUCUCUUCUUCUUCUUCCUUGAACCUCCAUCCCCAUAGUAUGUCUCCCAGCGUGGUCCUCAUCUGUCCUCAACAGGUGUCCAUACCAUUUCAGAUCUCAGCCUCCCCUCCUGCACUUUCUUUGAUACUUCCACUACCUUAGUCGACCCCCUUAUGUAGUAAUUUCUGAUCCUAUCCUCUCUUGUCACCCCAGACAUCCACCUGAGCAUUCUCCAGACAUCCACCUGAGCAUUCUCAUUUCUGCCACAUCCAUCUUCUUCUCCUCUGUCUUUCUCAUGCUUGCUGUUUCCGUACCAUACAAUAUUGCUGUUCUUACCACCGCUUUUGAAAUUUUCCUUUUAACCUCAGCGCUACUCUUUUGUCACAAAGAACUCCAGAGGCUGCUCUCCAGUUGUUCUAGCCAGCCUGUACCCAGUGUUUUACUUCUUCUUCAAUACUUCCUCCAGCGUUAACAAAGGAUCCCAAAUACUUAAACUUAUCAACUCUCUUUAUUUGUUCUCCACCAAGCUGAAUACUUUCUCUAUCAUCUCCCUCAUUGAUGGUACUCAUAUAUUCUGUCUUAGAUCUACUUAUUCUCAUUCCUCUGUCCUCCAGUACUUCUCUGGCACCAUCUUCUCCCUCAGACUCCUCCAUAUCUCUUGUCUCGGGACUUGGUCAUAAGCCUUUUCUCUGUUCAUAUAUUGUAAUACAAUAAUACAUGCAAUAUGAUUAGAUACCGUAAAACAAGUUUUAUUAAAAUGAUUGUUUUUUCAAUACAACUGUUAUUCGAAUUUUGCAUGUGGAUACCCAUCAGUGUAACAACCUAACUGAGGCAAUAGUCUCUCUCUCUCUCUCUCUCUCUCUCUCUCUCUCUCUCUCUCUCUCUCUCUCUCUCUCUCUCAAACUGUAAUACUAAUGAUACUCCUCCAUCCUCCACAAAAAAAUUAUUCCAGUUUUUAGAAUUCUGGAUGAAGGGAUUAAAAACCUGUACUGACACAAACAAGUAGAUUGAGAAACAGCUGAUUGCUGACAUCAUUUACUCUAACUGUUGAGCAUUUAUUAAGAGCUCCAUUAAGUUGUCAAGUUGUUAAACCCUGCUGAUUCUCAAUGGUGGCUACCAUAAGUAAAAAUAAUAGACAUUUUUGUUCACCCUUCAUGCAGUGGAGAUCUCAGGAAAGAAUACUAGUAAAUUAAAGAGGUAGGCUAUAGCUGAAGCUGAAUAAAACGAAUAACGGCCAGGUGAAAAUGUUGUUUGGAACUGGAGAAAUUGCACCUGAUGCCGCCUAUAUAAUGAAGUAAUAUGCACAUAUUUUCAACCAAAUUUUGUUAAUUUUACGAGAAAAGGUAUCUCCGAAUUAUAUCUCUUCUAGCAACUAAUGGCAAUGAAGAUGUCGAUAAUACUCAAUCAGCUGAGAUUUUGAGAAUAUAGGCAAUAUCAAAUGCAAAUGGUGUACAUGACGUUUAAAUUCUGUAUUACGUACAAUGAUAAUAGUACUAUGUAAUAGUAAUUCUGUAAUUGGAUACAACAAGCAAAACUACCUUUUUUAAGUCGUCAUUAUUAUAAAUAUAGAUGUACAGUUUAAUUUAAAAUUUUUGCAAAUAAUCACUUUUCUCCAAAAACAUUUUGGUUUUGUGAUUUAGAAGUCAUCUUAUACUAGAUACAAGAUAAAUUCAUGAAAAUUUACCAUGAUUCUUUACCUCGCUGUAUUUAAAGGUUGUCUUACACACAGAAUUAUUCAGUAAGUCAUUAAGUUUUUCAAGGAAACAUUGUGAAACCAAAAGACCUAGUUGAGGCCUAGUGCUUGGCCUUGAGUCAUUUCAUAUUAAGCUUUUAACCCGAAGAAAUAUCAUAAAAGAUCCAAUUGUAAUAAUUUUGCACAGGAUUAAUCAUAUACGAAAAAACAAAAAUUUAUAUGUGGAAAGGAUUUGAAGAUUGUUGGGUCUAAAGAAGGCAUUAGCACAUGUUUAGUGGUAUAAAUGAAGCAAGUUUUUUCCUUUAGAGGUUGUAAAUUAUACAAACCUGUAGAUAUUAAAAUUUGCAAAUAAAUGAGAGAUAUUUUUAUGGGCAGUAGAAAUAUAAAGCAUAUUUACUGAAUUCAUUCUACUGUAUAGCUUAUCACAUGUAUAUUCUCAAGUUAUGAGGUGAUCCAUGAAGCGAUAUGCAUCAUUUCUUGAAGAGUAAUUGAAUUAAAGGACUGUGAUUAACUUAUUUAUUUGCAUGGUGCUUUACAUGUAUGUAGCGCACACUUUUUAAAAUUCUUUUAACUGACCUUUCUUUCUUCUGCCAUGCUGAACUUUUAUUUGUACAUAAUCCUCAUAAAAUUGUACAGUAUUUAAAAGUGAUUUAUGAUUUGUAAGUAGUAACUGGUUUUAAAUUCAUUAAAAUUUAUGAAAGUUAUUAGUAAUAAAUAUAUUUUUAAUCAAUAUGCAGUUCAGUAACUGCUAUACAGUAAUUUUCCCAUUAUUCACUUUUUUUUUUAAUAAAUGGGUGUAGUUUUGAAACUAAUGCCCAUUGUAGGGUUAAAGAAUAACCGAUAAGAACUUACAUAGAAAACAUAGUUUGCUUCUACACAUCAUAGACUAUUUUCCCAUGUAGAGAUUGUGGACAUUAGGCACAAUAUAACAAGUUUUUUCAGAAACAAAACCUGCUUCCAUCAGUAUUUCUUAAGUUUUAAAUUGUUUUCUUCCCAAAAAGUCUUUUAUCUUGAAAAAGUAAAAGUCACUCAUGGAUAAGUCCAGUCUGUAAGGUGGAUAAUGCAAAACUUCCCAUCUGAAGCUUAAAGGUUUUAUUACAGGCUUUGCAUUGCAAUGGAGUAGGCCUCUCCUGUGAUUCUUAAUGGCCUAUAACAAUCACUUCAGGAUUGCACAAUAUGUUGGUUUACUGUCGGUCCUUGGGACAUACGUAACUCAACAUGAGUAGAAGGAAGGAUUUGUGAAUGCGACGACAGCUGUGGUAUAUGGUGAGGGAAUCCAAAAUAGUCACAUAGUAUGACAAGUUCCUUAAUAUUCAGGGUAACUACACGAAAUUAGUCUAUGAUGUAUAGAGAUGUAAAAUAAAAAAUUUUCAUAGAUGUCACUUAUUGUUUUUUAAUCCUAAUUGGUGCUAGUUUCAGAAAUAACCUUGUUCUUAUAUAGAAAUGCAGGACUGCACAUAUAUAGGUUGUACAGUGUUCCCCCUGUAUUUGCAGGGGAUGCGUACCAGACACCCCCCCCCCCCCCCCCCCCAAGAAUAGUUGAAACCCACUUUAAAAUUGUUUAAGACUGUAUUUUCUUAGUUAAAACUCGAGAAAAACCCACUAAAAAUGUUAAACUUGGUUUGUUUAAUAGUUUUAUCAUGAAAAGUCAAGUUUAUUUGCAGAUAUUUGCAAAUAUUUCUCAGAAAAAUACCACGAAUACACAAAUUUCCCACAAAUAAGGGGUAGAUAAUGUCCAUAGAGAAAUCCGCGAAUACCUGAGUCUGCAAAUACCGAGAACACAAAUACUGGGGAAACACUGUAUGCUGUCCUUUAAAUAUACAACAUAACUAUGAAGUGGGUUGUGAAUGUGUUUGCAGUGCUUUUAUGAACUGUGAAAUGGAAACUUAACAUAGUCAUGCAUUAGUAAUUGUAGUGUUUCAUACCCUCUGAUUUGUCCCCUAACUUCACUUGAGCCUUUACUCUGGCCAUCUUGGAAUAGCUUAUUUAAUUGUAAAACCUUGGGAAGGGUCUUUGUUUCCAAUUGUGAAAAUAUUAUAAUUAUGAGUGAUAAAAAUCUUGUUUGAAGUUGUGAUUUUUCAGAUGAGUGAGAAUGGUAUCUCUGAUAGACAUAAGAAAGGUUAUCUGUUAAAACUUAAUUGUCUUGCAGGAAAGGUUUGAUGGAAAGGUAAAUAAAUCAAAAUGACUGAUCAUUUGUUAGUUUGAUGGAAAGGUAAAUAAAUCAAAAUGACUGAUCAUUUGUUAUUUCUCUCAAAUACAGUAGUCAUAAUAAGGUUAGUGUAGAUUUUAUGGAAUGCCACCCCAUGCACUUAGAAUUAUGUACAGUGUAUUUUAAAUAGGUAGUUGAGGUAUGUUAAGAGGUAUGUGUAUUAAAAUUUCGCUGAUGGUUGACACUCGUCAUUUCUGUAUUUCAUGUUUUGGAUAUGAAUUGAGACUUAUUACCUUAACACCUCUUUUAAAAUGAAUGUAAAUAUUACCAGGAUUUUUCAUAACAAUUAUAGUUUUGAAUCCUA